AUGGGCCCCUCACUCAACUGUAAGGAGACCUUGGGCCGGCUGUUUGUGUGUUGGCUUAUGGUCAAGGCCCAGGCACAAUCCACCCCAGCGGUCUCAUCUUCCUUCGGCCCUCAAUACACACUUCCUGUGUCGGCGAACGAAGCUCCGCCCGUGCUUCCCAAUAUUAGGGAUCCAUUGGCUGUUGAUGCACAGGCAGCCUGCACCGGUUAUGUUGCGUCUAAUGUCAAAAAGACAGCCUCCGGGCUGACAGCCUUACUGUCUCUGGCAGGCAAUGCGUGCAACGUUUAUGGCACAGAUAUCGGCUCCCUGAAUCUCACGGUCGAAUACCAGACAACAGAUCGGUUGCACGUUGAGAUCGUGCCAACAUACAUCGGUGAGAAUGCAACUCAGUAUAUCAUCCCCCCGGGGGUGAUAGCAAAACCUGGAUUGGAAGAGUCCAAUGUCGACUCCGACUUGGAAUUCUCCUGGACCAAUGAGCCAAGUUUUGGGUUCGAGGUGUUAAGAAAGUCGACAAAGGACGUUCUUUUCUCUACCAAGGGGAAGAAGCUAGUCUUUGAAAGCCAAUUUAUUGAGUUUACAAGUCAGCUCCCAGAGAACUACAAUAUAUAUGGACUGGGCGAGUCUGUCCAUGCUUUCAGGCUGGGCAAUAAUUACACAAAGACCUUCUACGCAGCCGAUGCUGGCGCCACGGUCGAUAUCAAUGUCUACGGCACACAUCCUUUCUAUCUGGAGACCCGGUACUUUACCCAGUCUCCUUCCGGUGAUCUCACAUUAGUGACGACCAAUGAGGUCGAACCGAACAAGACCUACACCUCUCUCUCUCACGGAGUCUACUCUCGGAAUGCGCAUGGGCAAGACAUUGUCCUGCAACCAGACGGGAUCACAUGGCGGGCCAUUGGUGGCAGCAUUGACUUGUACUUCUUUUCAGGUCCAACACAACCAGAGGUGACCACGUCAUAUUUGAAAGCUGUAGGACUGCCUGCGUUGCAACAAUACUGGACCUUUGGUUUUCAUCAAUGCCGGUGGGGAUACAAGAGCUGGAAUGACCUUGAGGAUGUUGUGAAUAAUCACAUCAAAUUCGGAAUCCCACUUGAAACGGUUUGGACUGAUAUUGAUUGGAUGCUACGGUACCGGGACUUUGAAAAUGAGCCAGUCGGGUUUGAUUACGAGGCAGGUAACAGAUUCCUUGAGCGUCUCCACGAGGGUGGCAGACACUAUGUUCCCAUAUUUGAUUCUGCCAUUUACAUUCCCAACCCCAAGAUUGAGAGUGAUGCAUAUCCGACAUUCGAGAGGGGCAACAAAACUGGCUCGUUCCUGACGAAUCCGGAUGGUAGCCUCUAUAUUGGUUCGGUCUGGCCUGGGUACACUGUCUUUCCUGACUGGUUAUCUGAAGGCGCUGAGCAAUGGUGGAUCGAUGAAAUGGUCCUUUACCAUCAGAAGACCGCGUAUGAUGGAGCAUGGGUUGACAUGAGCGAAAUAUCCUCUUUCUGUGUUGGAAGUUGCGGAAGUGGCAACCUCCACCUCAACCCUGUGCAUCCCCCUUUUUCCCUCCCUGGCGAGACUAGGAAUCCGGUGCUCAAGUACCCUGAGGGCUUCAAUGUCACCAACUCUACCGAGGCUGCCGCUGCAUCUUCAGCGCUUGCUUCGUUCUCCAGCGCUUAUCCUGCAACCACCUCUACAAGCACCGCUUCCUAUGUCCGCACUACCCCUACUCCUGGUUUCCGUGAUGUCAAUUAUCCCCCGUAUGCCAUCAACAACGUCAAGGGCCCUUUGGGUGUCGCUGCCAUCUCACCCAAUGCCACCCACGCCGAGGGCACUCUGGAAUAUGACAUGCACAACCUUUGGGGCCAUGGCAUCAUCAAGGCCACCUAUGCGGCCUUGUCUGAAAUUUUCCCUGGCCACCGCCCAUUCAUCAUCGCCCGCUCUACCUUUUCUGGGUCCGGUGCCUUCGCUGGGCACUGGGGUGGCGACAACUGGUCUAACUGGCCAAGCAUGGCUUUUUCGAUCCCGCAGGCUCUCCAAAUGUCACUACUUGGUGUCCCGAUGUUUGGUUCCGACACUUGUGGCUUUGCGGAUAAUACUGAUAUGGAGCUAUGCAACCGCUGGAUGCAGUUGAGCGCAUUCUUCCCCUUCUACCGAAACCAUAAUAUUCUCGGGGCCAUCAGUCAGGAGGCAUAUACAUGGGCUUCUGUUAUUGAUGCAAGUAAGACAGCCAUGACUGUCCGGUACCAGCUUUUGCCGUACCUUUACACUCUCUUCUAUCACGCUCAUACCGCAGGACACACGGUCAUGAGGGCUCUUGCAUGGGAAUUUCCUAACGAUCCAUCCCUCGCCGGCGCAGAUCGACAGUUCCUAUUAGGACCCUCUAUUCUGGUCAUUCCCGUCCUUGAGCCUGGAGCAACGUCAGUUAAUGGCGUCCUCCCUGGGUUGAUUGAGGGUAGCGAAAAAUGGUAUGAUUGGUACAACCAGACCGCCGUGCCAGUGCCAUCUCAGGCGAACACAACCAUCAAUGCUCCUCUGGGCCACAUUCCGGUCUUUGUACGUGGCGGGUCUGUCCUCCCGCUACAACAGCCUGCACUCACGACGAGAGAUGCGCGACAGAGUCCCUGGGAUGUGCUCGUGGCCCUGGAUAAGAAUGGCGAAGCUACCGGUGACUUGUAUCUGGACGAUGGUGUGAGCGUCCAACCAGACGCUACCCUUACUGCGGAAUUCACCGUCCAACAGAGGAAGCUCGAGGCUGUUGUUAGCCAAGGGGGAUGGGUUGAUGGCAACAGCCUGAGGAAUAUCACCAUCUUGGGUGUUGAAUUCGUGGGCCGUGCUGUCAAGUUCAACGGUCGCCCUGUUCAUCGCAGACAUAUUCACUUUGACAAGCCGAAACAGACCUUAGUUGUUUCAGGAUUCGACGUAUUGGCAUGGACUGGAGACCGUUGGACCCUGGAGUGGUAG